AUCGUAGCUGUGAUGGGACUACAAAUCCGUUAGUACCCACAGCCUCCUCCUCCUCUUCCAUCAUGGCUCCCGCAGCACAAGGAUACUGGGGGCGGUCGACCUCAACCAUAGACUGGUGCGAAGAAAAUUAUGUCGUCUCUUUUUACAUCGCCGAGUUUUGGAACACCAUCAGCAACCUGAUUAUGAUUCUUCCUCCCAUUUAUGGAGCCAUCCAGGCGUUUCGUGACGGCCUUGAGUUUCGCUACAUCUGCUCUUUUGUUGGACUGGCAGUUGUUGGUGUCGGUUCCUGGUGCUUCCACAUGACGCUGCAGUUUAAGAUGCAGUUAAUGGACGAGUUGCCAAUGAUUUACAGCACAUGUGUCUUCCUCUACUGUCUAUUUGAGUGCUUCAAACAAGAGAACAAAAUUGGCCUAUUUCCUAUUGCAUUGUUGUCAAUUUUCAGUAUCUCUGUCAGUGUGUUAUACCUGCAGUGGAAGGAGCCAAUCUUUCACCAGGUCAUGUAUGGUAUCCUAGUAGCUUGCCUCGUGAUACGAGCUAUCUACAUUGUUACAUGGGUGUAUCCAUGGCUUAGACCGCUGUGUUACGCCUCGUUAGGAAUCUUCUUGUUGGGGUUCGUCCUGUGGAACAUGGACAACUUCUACUGUGGCACAUUAAGAUAUGCCAGAAAUAACCUUCCCCCUGUCGUUGGAGCGGUUACACAGUUACACGCCUGGUGGCAUAUCUUCACAGGUGUCGGAUCCUACCUGCACAUACUUCUUAGCAUGCAGAUCAGGACAACCUACCUCAAGUACAGACCAAAAGUGAAGUUUCUCUGUGGAGUUUGGCCAACGUUGCACAUUGAACCACAGAAUACGAGCUGAAAUGAACGGAUGAGGACCAACUUCAUGAUGGUGACUGCUGCCACCAACAGACACCAUCAGCACAGUGACCGCCGAUGCCCCCUGCUGGGAACUCAGCACACAGCGAGGGGACAGUUGGACCCCAGGGCACCUACCCGGGGACCCUUCAGUUCUGCACUAUGGGGAUUUACUAAGUACAGUAUAGCACUGGGUCCAGUUUUAAGAAAUGGAAGAUCCUUGUCUUUAAUCAUAAUUUAUUAGAGUAGCUUUUUUGACAUGUAAUCAUUUUAAUGCUCAUUGAUUUUUAAUGCAAGUAUGAGGUGUUGUCCACUGCAGUGGGAAAUGCUGAGGGGUUAUGGAUGUGAUCUUGAUUGUGAUUUGGGGAAAGGGAAAACAAUGUCAUCAGAAUUCACAUUAACAUAAUUACUGUUGUACUUUUGAUUCUGCAGAUAUUUGAAGCCAAAAGAUUUUUAAAUAGAUCUUUAAAUCUCUCUAUCCAAACCAAGACGUUUGCUUAUGUGUAGUUUUACAUGUAGCUGAGGGAGCUCUACUUACUGUACAACACAGUGUUGUCUAAUCCCUUUUGAGGGAGGAUCGUGUAGUUUUUUGAUGUGCUCACUACAUGUGGGAGUGUAGCCUCCAGCUAGAAAGUGAAAGUGAUACUGUGCAGCUCAUACAUCUUCAUUUGCUUUCCCAGAGGCUUCAUUUUUUACUUGAAAACGCGCCAAGACUGGAAUUAAUUUUUGUUCUUUGCCAAACUUGCUCUGGGAAUUGAAUUAGUCAUGUUUGUGUGGGACUUGUUAAUCUUUGAACUUUUUAUAAUCAAGACGGGGAUGCAAUGCUUAGGAUUUUGCUACACGGCAUCAUUACUUUGAAUUGUAAUUGUAUUUAGGAUUGAAAUUGUCCCAGAAACACAGAGCAAGUUGAACCACUUUCUACAUCUCAAGUUUCUGUGGACAGAGAAACACAAUCACACCGGACACACAGUCUUUGAAUGAUACUGCACACACUUUAGUACUCAAACCCACAGGGGGACGAGUGUUUGGUUGUAUCAGAAUCACAAUGCACCUCCUUCAGGGUGUGUCAUGUUUGAAAAGAUGUUGGGUUUCGACAAACAUCCGGUGGUUCAGACAUAAAUAGGCACAAAUGCAUCAGCUCAACUUGCCCAUCUCAAGCCAUUUUUGGUGAGAAGAUCCUUGUGUACAACCCGUUAUGAUAGUAGUUUGAGUUAAACUGUUAAUGGUUUAAACCCAGUUUACACAGCAAGCUUAAAGACACUACAUGAUUCCAAUAAAUUUCUUAUUUAUAAUUGUUCAUAUUCACGUAUAUUCAUUCCCUCGGUCUGGUAUUCUUUGAACAAAGACUAGAAUAUGCCUGGAUCAUUGCACAGACAAAGCCAGUUGCACGCCGUUAGUUCCCUGCUUUGUUACUUUAAAUCUCAUUGGUACACUAAUUUGUAAUAACAAUUUACUGAGUAAAUUAUUCAUUAGUCAUUAUAAUAAAGCUCUUAAAUCCUGAUUCUGCAGGACCAUAAUCUACAGGUCAUUAACUCUUAGUUUCUUUGAAUUACCCUACUAAUUACAUUAAAUGCAUACAGUUUGCUUUGCAUAGAAUGACACAUAAGGAGCUAGGACAGUAAUAUUUGAUAUUGUCUUAAUAACAACAACAAAAUAUAGUCUAUAGUCUCUAGAUCCAAACUACAGGUGUUUACAGUGUGCAAAUCACUUUAAAUUAAUCAGUCUUUCUAAAAUGUUUGCAGAUUAAUGUUAAACAGAGGUCCUGCAUUCAACCAUAAAUCAAUGCCAAACCAAAAACAGACGAGUAAUACAGAAAAAUCAUCCCCAAUAAAGAGAGAAGAGAUUAAUGCCUAAUUCAUUUCAUGAAAUAAUCUGUGAACAUUUUUAAUUUGGCUUAAAAAAAAAAAAAAGCAUUUAAAAAUUGGUGUUAACGGGGCUUCCUGAGCUUUUGAGGCCAGCCUCUAGUGGACACUCAGAGAACUGCAGUUUUAUUGCACGUCCUCAUUGGCAUAAAUUUUCAAGACCAGAGGUGACAUUUGUUGGUUGUGCCUUGAACAUUUUUAAAACAUGGAGAUUUAUUGCUUGUAUCCCCUUUCAGAGAUUGAGGAACAAAGAAGGCAAAAGUAUCAAUAUCGCCCACUUCAGUGUCCAUAACAAAUAACUUGCUUUAUUUUUCAAGUUCCUUUAAUGCCAAAACAACAAAUGCUCCAACCAACAUACUGGUAAAAAAAAAAAGUAGCCUAAAAGCUUGUUUAUGUGUAAAGGAUUACACAGAGUUUUUCAUUGUUGUAGAUUAUUCUCCUGCAGAAUAAGGUAUGACGUUUUUGUUUAUGCGUUUCAAUUAAGAGCCUGCAAAUAUGCCUCUGGUGAUUGGUUAACAGGAGUAGCUUGAUGAAAGGUGUUGAAAUCUCAAUCAUACUUCUUUUACCUCAGAAGGAACAUUAAUAGUGUGGCUUUACUGUCUUAUUGGAAAAUAAAAAUGUACACCCUUUUAUUUACAAGUUCUUAAAAACGUCCCAUGACACCACUACAUUUAAUUUGUUACACACUUAUUAAUACGUUUUUUUU